CUGAAAAUUAUCUAUCAAGGAGUGCUGAAGGAGGCAGCAAAACGAGUUUUCGAGCUGGAUGUCGCUCUGACAAUUACUGGCCGAACACAACGAAGUGUUCAAAUGGCAACUGGAGAACGCAUGGAGGAGCACGUCAUUUUUUUAAUUAAGACGAUCAAUACCAGUGACGCCGGAAUCGCAUCCCUUGGAGGCGCACCGAAUCGUCCUGCUCAAGAAAAUGACUUCAAAAUUCGCCUGACUAACGAGGACUUUAUUGCAACCUUUCCAUAUCAUUUCGUAGUGGAUCAGGACUGCAAACUUGUUCAGGCGGGCAGAGAGCUUUACAACUAUAUACCCCGUGACCUUCUGGCUCCUGGUACGCCACUUAUUCGAAUAUUUGAAAUCAAUCGACCUCAAAUUCCGCUCGAUUUCGAUUCAAUUUGUAACUUCAUCAAUGCUGUCUUUGUUUUACAAGUAAAAACGACUCCUAUGGAAUUUCAAAGGAGUGUGAACAAACGGAACAGUCAGACAAUGGAAGGAAGUGGUGCUGACACUGACAGGAGCAGCGACUUCAUGACGCAGAGUCAACAUCUGAAAUUGAAAGGCCAGAUGAUGUUGCUGUCCACAGGUCGCCACGUGAUCUACUUGUGUUCACCUUAUGUCACUUCCAUUCCCGAACUCUUACAAUUUGGAAUGCGCCUCACCGCUAUGCCUCUGCACGACGCCACAAGAGAUCUCAUCCUUCUGAAUCAACAGCGUCUUAGUGACGUCGAGAUGAACGCACAGUUGGAAGCUAACAACGAGCAGUUGGAAUUGAUGGCCAAAGAUCUUGAGGUGGAAAAAGCCAAAACAGACGCUUCUGUUGAGUGA